AUGGGUCCCGCAGGGGCCGUGGCCCUGACCUGUCUCUUCCUUCUCCAGGUGGGGGUGGGCACGCUGGGCAACGCCGUCCUCUUCCUCCACCACGUCCCCGACCUGUGUGGGCCCAGGCAGACGCCCCCCAGCACCGUGCUCCCCCACCUGGCCGUGGCCAACGUCCUGGUUCUCCUCUCCACCGGGCUCCCACACCUCCUGGCCGCCUGGGUCUCCCGGACGCCCCUGUCCUCGCUGGGGUGCAAACUUGUAAGCUUUCUCCACAGGACAGGCCGGAGCACCUCGCUGUGCUCCACCUGCCUCCUGAGCACCUCGCAGCUGCUCACUCUCAGCCCCGGGAGACUGGGGUGGACGGUGCUCCGGAGACUCCCCAAGGCCCUGGGUGCUUCCUGCUGCGCCUGCUGGCUGCUCAGUGCCCUCAUCAAUGUCUACAUCCCCGUCGUGGUCACUGGCCCAGGGAGGGUGAGCAACGGCUCCGAGCCUCAGGGCAGGUGGUUCUGCUGGUCCUCAGGUGCCAGCCGUGCCAUCGUGGUCCUGUGGCUGGUGCCCGACGCCGUCUUCAUCGGCCUCAUGGGCUGGGCCAGCGUCUCCAUGGCCCUGCUCCUGCGCAGUCACCAGCAGAGGGUGCGGCACCUCCACACCCCCAGGCCCGGCCAGGGGUGCCCCCCGGAGACCAGGGCCACGCGCACCAUCCUCAGGCUGACGGGCACCUUCGUCAGCUUCUACCUGCUGAAUUCCGCGGUUGUGUGUUACAUGACUGUCUUCCUGGACACCCCUCUGUUGUUGACGCAGGUCUCUGAAGUCCUGGUGUGCUGUUUCCCCUCUCUCUGCCCCUUCCUCAUGACCCUCAGAGACUCCAGCUGGGCAAGGUUCUGCUCCUGA